AUGGAAUCCAAAGAGGAUUGCAUUAAAAGGAACAGGCCCCCAUACUAUAUUUUGGAAGUAGAAGACAACAAGAAGAAAUACUAUGACUCUGUGUUAGAUAAAUUUGUUGAUCAGUUCCUUAUUAAUUCUCCUAAUGAUAAUGAUGAUGAUGAUGAUGAUGAUGAAGAAAGCAGUCCUACAAGCAAUGAUUUUGUGAGGAAUUACUUAUUGUGCCUCUUGAAAUACUAUUUCAUAUUUUUGGAUUUUAACGAUGCUGUGAAGGAAGGCAAUGGAGAGAGAAUUGCAACUCUCCAUAAACAGCUAGUACCACAUUUUAAGGCAUUACCAGGCUUCAAUAACUAUGCCAUUGAAAUGUUGAUCAGUGUUGUGCAGAACAGUGUUUUUUAA